CCCUAUAAGAAAUAUGUAUAUGGUAAGGAUACGUUUUGUAUACAUUUUAUGUACGUUUCUAUAGUUUCCAUAUACAAAUUCCGUAUAUUUAAUAAGCAAUUCAUUUUUGAACAUUUUUUAAAAAAACUAAUGUAUACGGAAAAAAUCAAUCAUACGGAAUGUAUACGGAAUUUAAUAUUUUUAGAAAAUAAUUUUAUGAUACGUUUUUUGUUUUUUAUAUAAACAUGAGUUUGAUCUUCUGUCUUUCCCUUCCUUCUCUUUUCUCUUGUCUUAUUUUUGUUAUUUUUCUAAAUUUUUCUUCUUUUUUCGUCACCCCCCUUUUAAAAAAAAAUUUUUUUUUCGUACCUC